AUGAAUGUAGGAGUAGAGUUACAUGUCGACAACAGGGCAAAGGUAGAGGUAGGGAAAAACAGAGUGUAUGGUGUAUGGUGUAUGGUGUAUGGGCUUCUAUGGAUUAAGUGGGUGAUGGCGGGGUUGGUUAAGAAUAAGUUUUGGGCGUGGGCGGAAAUUUGUAAUAAGAAAAGCUAUCUUAAGCUUCUUGACAUUCGUGAUAAAUUUAUCCUAUAUUGGCCAGCUGAGCUAUACACUGCUGUUCCAAGUCGACCCUUCUUUCCAAGGGGAUUUUUGUGGGAUGAAGGUUUUCACCAAUUGUUGAUCUGGCGCUGGGAUAUUCACAUAUGCUUUGAUAUUAUUGGACACUGGUUAGAUUUGAUGAAUAUUGAUGGAUGGAUACCACGUGAGCAAAUACUAGGUGCUGAAGCUCUGAGUAAAGUCCCAGAUGAAUUUGUGAUUCAGCAUCCGAGUAAUGGUAAUCCACCAACUCUAUUUUUGGUGUUGCAUGAUCUAAUCAAUGGUUUGAAGAAAAACAAGUUCACUGCCAUUGAAAGUGAUGAGAUCUCUUCAUUCUUCAAACUGGCUUUUGUUCGUCUUGAAGCAUGGUUCCAAUGGUUUAAUACUACCCAAUCAGGGAAGGAGAUUGGCACAUAUUUCUGGCAUGGGAGAGACAACACCACAACUCGCGAACUAAAUCCAAAGACACUGUCAUCUGGGCUUGAUGAUUAUCCCCGUGCUUCACAUCCAAGUGAAGAUGAGCGCCACUUGGAUCUCAGAUGCUGGAUGCUUCUUGCGGCAGAUUGCAUGAAUUCCAUCUUGGAAUUGUUUGAGAAAGAACAGAAACUAAAAAAGGAUUAUAGCUCAACAGUUAAGCUGCUUUCAGAUUUUGAAGUUCUAAAUCAGAUGCACUAUGACGAUACAUAUGGAGCAUAUUUUGACUUCGGAAAUCAUACAGAAAAGGUUCGAUUACGUUGGAAAGAUGUGAUUACAGGAAACAAUUAUGCAACUCGAGAGCUUGUCCGUGAAGUAUUAGACAAGCCAAAGCCAAGCCUAGUUCCUCAUGUUGGAUAUGUCAGCCUUUUUCCAUUAAUAUGGAGAAUCAUCCCUCCUGUAAAACAGUUUGAUCUAAUUUCAAAUAGAAGCAUUUUAUGGACGGAUUAUGGGCUACGCUCUCUUGCAAAAACAAGCUCCAUCUACAUGAAACGCAACACAGAGCAUGACCCACCUUAUUGGAGAGGUCCAAUAUGGAUGAACAUGAACUACAUGAUUCUUUCUGCACUAUUCCAUUACUCAGAAGUGGAUGGACCAUUUAGAGAUAGAGCAAGGAGUAUUUACGAGGAGUUGAGAGAGAAUUUGAUGAGAAAUGUGAUUCACAACUAUUACCAGACUGGAUACUUGUGGGAACAGUAUGAUCAGAAGACAGGAAAAGGGAAAGGGACACGUCUAUUUACUGGUUGGACAGCUCUCAUCCUAUUAAUUAUGGCUGAAGCUUACUGAAACCCCUUAGGUUUUUUUUCACGGAAGAUAAUAUUCUUAAGUUAAAAACAAAAUUUUAGUACUCAACGAGACAAAUCUCUGUUGUAAAAGGUUUUGUGCUCAAUUUAAAUGGAAAUACUAACUUAGAAGGAGACCAUCCCAAUUCAAGGUAAAAUGACCAUAGAAGUAUUUUGAGGGGAACUUUCUCCAUAAGAAACGAUUAGACAGGCCCUUUUAUGUGUGCCAUGUUGUUGAAGAUCUUAAUUUUACGAAGCUACAGGCCUCUGAAAAUAGCAACUUCUGGCCUGCCCUAUUUGUUUUUGAGAAGACCAUCACUUGGCUGCGCCGGACAGGGAAAAAGAAAAUGAUUGCUAUUUCACAAUUAUUGGCUAGAUACAAGUAGUAGUGGAGAUUGAGCUUAUGCUAAUAUUUCAGUAUCCCGUUGAUCUCAUUCAAAUACUGUUGAGUUUGACUUGCUACUGUAAUCGUGAGUUUGAGUUUUAUUUGGUUUUUUUCAGUCUCAUUUAAAGGAAUCCAAAUUCAGGUUGAAUUUAGAAAUAGAUCAGUAAAAACAAAACCUCAUUGGAUUUGAACUUGGGGUUCUACUCUUUUCAAAUGAUUAUAUUACCUUGUUACUAUUA